AUGGCGGACGAUGCCGAGAGCUCGUCAGACGAGAGUAUCGACCUGACAGCUCAGAAUUUCGAUCCCCUCAAGGCGUUGUACUCCCCAAAAACUGUUAUUCCAGUUCCUGGAGCUCCCACGUACGAUAAUCUAACGAAAUGGGAGUCUGCCUUCAAGGGAAUAUCCGUAAAGAAAAGCGUGAAAAAGGGCGAUAAUGAGGACAAGCGGAGGUUUCUGCCGCAUCAAGGGCCGAUUCAAGGAAACAAGCGGGAAAAAUCGAUAGAGAAGUACAAAAAUAUCCUUGGAAAGAUGCAAAAUGCAUCCGGACCCCUCCAAGUCCUGUAUCACUGUAUGCAAAGUAAGACGAAAGUUAAGGUCUACACGAGAGGUGCAAAAGGCAUAAGGGGACAUGUGGAGGCGUACGUGGCGGCCUUUGACAAACACUGGAAUUUAGCGUUAGAGGAUUGCCUCGAGGUUUGGACGCGCAAGGUCAAGCGGAAAGCACCGGCACUGGGGAUGCCGAGGCAAUUGGUGGGCAUUGAUGAGGACAUGCCGAAGGUCAUCGUCAAGGAAUCUAACGGAAAGACUGAGACCUUGGAGAGACACGUGCCGCAGAUGCUGCUGAGGGGCGAGCAAGUUGCUGUUGUUGUUAAAAUUGAAUGAGGGAGAGUUUGCGAAGGGAUUUGGGGGGGGGGGGUUGAGGCGUUGAGAGGUGCCGGGUGGGGA